AUCGCUCUGAACUUCCUCUUCCAAUCCUGCCGGGGGAUCACGACGAGCGUGGAGUAACCACCCCGCAUUGGCCAAUUUUCCGUUUCCGUUAUUAAUCCGCAUCCAAAACCCCCCUCUCGCUGUGCCUUUGCUCCCUGCCUUACCCUUUUUCUCGUCCUCCCCGCCGCCUCGCCCGUUCCAGCUUUCCAUUGCCCCCAUCCCCGCCUCCAAAAAGCACAAGCCCCGCCCGCAACGCGCCCCCACGCCGCACGAGCGCGCGCUCUCUCCGAACCUUCGGGAACACCGACGCGGCGGCGGCGGCGGCAUGGGAGAGUACUGCGCCUCACCGGAGGGGGACUCCGCGCUGGCGGCGGCGUCCCCGGCGGCCACCCUGACGUUCCACUCUCCGUCCCCCGCGGCGGCGGCGGCGGUGGCCAGGCCAGGGUACGGGAGUUGCGAUCGCCGGUACGUGAAGCAGGUGUUCGACAACCUCCACGGGAGCAUCUCGCUCGACCCGCUUGCUCUGCAGUUUGUGGACACUGAAGAAUUUCAGAGGUUGCGGGACCUAAAACAACUUGGUCUUACAUAUCUGGUCUAUCCUGGAGCUGUUCACACACGCUUUGAACAUUCACUAGGAGUUUAUUCGUUGGCUGGGAAGGCUAUGAAUAAUCUUAAAACGUAUCAGGGAGAAGAGCUUGGUAUUGAUCGCAUCGACAUGCAAACUGUGAAGCUUGCAGGCCUCUUGCAUGAUAUUGGACAUGGCCCCUUCAGUCAUUUGUUUGAGCAUGAGUUUCUUCCUCGUAUUAAUCCUGGCUCAACCUGGUCUCACGAACGUAUGUCAGUACUGCUGUUGGACAGUAUUGUUGACAAACAUGCAAUAGAUAUUGAAGAUGAUUAUCUCAAAAUGGUCAAGGAGAUGAUAGGUGCCAGCUCUAAGUCUGCCACCACAAAAAGUGCAAAGGAUAAGCAUUUUCUUUAUGACAUUGUUGCUAAUGGGCGCAAUGGUAUAGAUGUUGACAAGUUCGACUACAUUGACCGUGAUUGCAGAGCAUGUGGUCUUGGCUCUAAUUUCCAGUACUGGAGGUUGAUGGAGGGCAUGCGAGUGAUGGGUGAUGAAAUUUGCUAUCCUGCCAAAGAUUACUUGAGCAUCCAUAAAUUGUUUUCAACACGUGCUGAUCUGCACCGGACUGUCUACACCCACCGCAAAGUAAAGGCUGUUGAACUCAUGCUUGUGGAUGCGCUCAUUGAGGCUAAUGAUUACUUGGGAAUAUCAUUGCAUGCAAAUGAUGCAGAAGAUUUUUGGAAGUUGGAUGACACAAUCAUUAAAAGCAUUGAAACUGCUCCCAAUGAUGAACUGAAGAAAGCAAAAGAAAUCAUUCAACGUAUUCGCCGAAGAGAGCUCUACAAGUUUUGCAAUGAGUAUUCUGUUCCAAAGGACAAGCUGGAGCAUUUCAAAAACGUAACUGCACAGGACAUAGUUUGUUCACAGAAGUCUUCUGAAGUGCUACUGAAGGAAGAGGAUAUUGCUGUCAGUAAUGUUAAGAUUGAUCUUACUCGUGGAAAAGACAACCCUCUUGAAAGCAUCAAGUUCUUUAAGGAUUUUGGAUGUGAUGAGAAGUUCACCAUCACAGAUGACCGGGUCAGCCACUUGCUACCUGCCUACAAUGAGGAUAGAAUCGUGAGGGUCUAUGCUAAGAAGCCGGAGCUGGUGGAAGCAGUGUCAAAAGCCUUUGAGAACCUCCAAGUGAAGAUGUAUGGCGAGAAGACUCAAGUGCACGAUACACCCAAGAAGAAGAGGCUUAGAUCCAACUAGCCAGUUGGGUUUUGUCAAAUAUCAGUCUUUACAUAGUAUACGACACAGGAAAAUAGCUCUGACAAACGAGAAGAAAGCAACCUCUAUAGCUACAACAUCCCAGUAUUCACAGAUUUUAGGUGGUAGUCUGCACUGGGAAGGUGUGGAUAUUUUGUACAGCAGGCGACAUACAGACAGAACCUUGUCUGAAGUGUAAAAGCUCUCCUAAACUAUGCUACAUAGGCAUAGGAUGGAUAGCUAGCUGCCUAGCUCGAUACCGAAUGCUACGUGGUUAGUACUUGUACUUAAUACGCAUCAUCAACUAUUCAACUCUACGGAACUUUUUUUUUUGAAAAAACAA